AUGGAAGUUUAUCUUUAUAAUUCUACAGUUUGCAGACUUUGUGGAGAAGAAAAUGAUAACGGAACAUUAUUAUAUACUAAUGAGGAAUAUAAUCAAGAAUUAAGUGAAACAAUUAAUACGUAUUUGCCACUUAAGGUGUCUGAUGAUGGACAGCUACCGCGGACGAUUUGCCCCGGGUGUACUAUUCAGGUUGAGGCAACAGUAGAAUUUUUCAACCUUAUUAUUAAAGGACAGAAAAUAUUACGCGACUUACAUGAAAGAGAAGUAGAAUAUAAAAAAAGUAUUACAAAAGAAAUUCCUGACACAGAAGUAAUUGCUGAAAAAAUUGUUUAUGAAAUAAAUACAAGCGAUGGCAUUUACCAUGUGGAGCAUCCGAUCAGCCUGCAGAUGGCAGGACUGGAUAAGCCCAAGAGGAAAAGAGGUCGGCCCUCGAAGAAGCUCAAGACUCCCGAAGAGCUGGCUCAGGAGGCGGCCGCGGCCGUGGCGGCUAAAGAAGAGGAAGCCCGACAACAGGCUCAACGGGCUCAGGAAGAAUGUCACGGGAAGAGAAGGAGAAAGAUGCCCACAAGGUUGAAAGGAGCCGUGCAGGGAAGAGAGCUCGAAAAGAUAUUCAUAGAAGAGGGCGUCAUAGACAAAGCGGAGUGCGACCCCGACGCCGCGGCGGCCGAGGUGGACGGCGCGUCGACGGAGCCGGAGGUGAAGACCAUCGGCCACGUCGCCUCCUCCGGGGAGCCGGUGGUGGUCAACGUGCGCAAGGGGCGCGGCAGGCCCAAGGGAGGUGAGCGAGUCGGCUUCUUCGCCCGCGCCGUUCCCGUCCCCACGUUCACCCUUUGCCCCUGUGCAGCCGUGCGAGGCGCCGGGCAGCCGUCGCAGUGCGCCCUCUGCGGUCUGCGCUUCGCCUCCGUGGGCCGCUACAUGUCGCACGUCGCGUCGCACAAUCGGGACCCGCUCUUCGACCCCGAAAGCCGAAACCGGCCGACGCCAGAAGAGAAAGAGUCGCAACCUUCCAUGCCGACGCCCAUCGACAUGAAGGAAGAUCCGGAAGAGCAACGGAACAAAAGAGCCGACGCGGAGGAACCGCGUCCUCCGACGGAUCCGGCUCGCGAAGACAGCGAGGAGGAACCUUCGGGAGCUGACAAAAAGCAGUUCGAGUGUAACCAGUGCGACAAGAAGUUCGGCAGCAAACAGAGCAAAUCCAUGCACAUAAAGGCCGUGCACCGCGGGGAGAGGCCCUACCGGUGCCCCGAGUGCGGGCUCUCCUUCGCCUACCCUCGCUCCCUGGCCCUGCACGCCCUGGCGCAUCGCAGGAGACGAGCCGCCGCCGACACCGGAUACGCCUGCGACGUUUGCCACAAGGUGCUGAGCCACCCGUCGUCCGUGACGUACCACAAGCAGGCGGCGCACGGAGCCACCCAGUACGUGUGCGGCCAGUGCGGGAAACGCUUCCACCAUCGGCAGCUGCUGCAGAGGCAUCAGCUCGUGCACUCCAAGCGGCGGCCCUUCGACUGCGAGAUCUGUGCGGCGACGUUCAAGACGAAGGCCAACCUGCGCAACCACCUGCAGCUGCACUCCGGGGUCAAGAAGUUCUCGUGCGAGGUCUGCCCCCAGCGCUUCUCGCACCAGACCAGCCUCACGCUGCACAUGCGCUGGCACACGGGGUCCAAGCCCUACUCCUGCGAGACCUGCGGCAAGAGAUUCAGCCAGAAGGGCAACCUGUCGGAGCACGAGCGCAUCCACACGGGCGAGAAGCCCUUCGCCUGCCCCCUCUGCCCCCGGCGCUUCACCACCUCGUCCCAGAGGCGCCUGCACGCGCGUCGGCACGGGAACGAAAAUUUGAGGAGGCCCGCCGCGCCCCGGCUCGUCCCCGAGCGGCCGACGGCGGCGCCGGCCCCGGAGCCCCCGAGCGACGACGCUUUUCCGGUCGGCGAAAAGGUGAUGUUGGUCAGCAAGCAAGAAGUGGGCGGCGACGUCAUCUACGUGACGUACGAGGCGUCCGACGCGUCCUCCUUCCGCGUCGUCCACCCCCGAGAGGUACGACCGUCGUCCGGCGACCCGCGUCGCUCCCCCGAGUCCGCGGCGCUCACGGCUCGAGUCCACGAAAUGUGUUCGCAGGCGGUGGAGGCCGAAGAGACGGAGGAGGCGGAGGUGGAGAACUCGGAGGUGCCGUCCGCCUGCGAGUUGUACGCCGAGUCGCCGGUCGACCGAUUGGACUCGCUCGCGAUUCCUCAGAUCGCGAGAGACGACGCGGCCGGCCGUUCCCCUCUGCGCCUGCGCAUGCGAGACGGCUCCGUGCUCGCCGUCACCUCGCUCGAUGGAGAGACUCUGCAGAUCCUGACGCAAGACGGGCAGGCGAUUCCGGUGGAGGUGAACGAGUACGACGAGGCGGAGGGCGUGGCGGCGAGCGAAGCGGCGCCGGACGAGCUCGAGGCCGACGGGGCCGAACCCGCUCGGUACUUCACCAUCGUGUAG